CACGCCGCACUCGGGUCUCGCUCUCUGAUUGGCGUUGUGAUUCUCGGUGUGUGCCUUGCGUGUGACGUCGCUAUGUCAUGGUAUAGGGGCGGGGCUGGGCGCUCAGGACUCCUGUGUUGGUGAAUUAGUGACUGGUGGAGGUGCGGAAGGAGGCGUCGGCAGCUGUAAAACGGACAACUGGUUACUCAGAAUUUGGCCUCUGAUCCAUAAUGGGUGCAAUUCUUUCCAGAUGGAAGGCAAAGCCCUCCACGGUUGAAGUUUUGGAAAAAAUGGAAAAGGAAAUCCAGUCCCUGGAAGAGUUUCAGGAUAAAAAUCAGAAGCUGAGGAAGAUUUGGGUUGGAAGGCUGCUUCUUUAUUCCACCAUUUUGUACCUUGCGACUUGUAUAGUUGUUUAUUACUGGCACCUUCCUGAUGGAUUACCAGGAAGAUUCCUGGUGGUGGUUCCAUUUCUGCUUGUUCCAGCAUUAAUAUGGGGUGCCAGAUCGGUGCUCAUUGUAUGGUUUGCCAGACGUACCGAAAGGAAUAAUGACUCGCUGGAAGAGUUAAAAAUACAGAAGAAAAAGAUUCUUGAAGAGGUUAUGGAUAAAGAAACUUACAAGACGGCUAAGCAGAUUCUGGAAAGGUUUGAUCCAGACUCCAAGAAGUCCAAGGAACUUGAGAGCCCUUCUGCUGCUGCUUCUCCUAAUACUACUCCAAGACCAGGCCAAGAUCUACGCCAGAGGACGGCAACUCAAAGGAACUUAAGUGUGUCUACCCCAGUAAACCCCAACCAGGGAUCUCCACAAGUUCCAGGGCUGCUGGCGGCGACUCCAGGUCUUCAAAGGGACACCUCAGCUCCUGGCGGACCCCCUGAGCGAACUGCUCAGCCAGGAUUACAGUCAACCCUCGUACAGAGACGUCCUGGUAUGCCUUCCCCUGCCAUAUCUGGAAUGGCUAUUCAUCCACCAGGACCUUCAUUGGUAAGACCAAUUCUCCCACGAGAGAGGAGUGCCGUGGACAGAGUCAUUGAAUAUCUGGUCGGAGAUGGUCCUCAGAACAGGUAUGCCCUGAUCUGCCAGCAAUGUUUUUCUCAUAAUGGAAUGGCACUCAAGGAAGAAUUUGAGUAUGUUGCUUUUAGAUGUGCUUACUGCUAUUUCCUUAACCCUGCAAGAAAAACACGGCCACAAGCACCACGGCUUCAAGAGCUAAGCUUGGAGAGGAGGCCAAAAAUUGAGUUACAGGAUUCUGCUAGCACUAUGCAGGUUGCCUCAGAUGAUGAGGUUGAAAAAAAAACUUCCUCAGAUGCAUCAGAGGAAGGAGAGACUCCCGGUUCUAGAGAGGCAGAGGAAGGAGAGACUCCCAGUCCUAUAGAGACAGAAGAUGAUGUAGAAGAUGAAGAGGCUCCAUGCACCAACGACUUACCUCAUGAUGCAGAAACGGAUGAAACCCCAGAAAACGCAACCAAGGCACCAACAAUUGCCAACACAAAUGAAAGUGAAGAUUCUUUUAUGGAAACGGAGUAAAUGUCAUAUGUGCCUUUAUUAGAUUAUGGCAGCUUACUUCUCACAAGUUGAUUCUAGUGAGAUCCUACGAUUUACACACCAUUUAAAAGUCAUCUAAGCUUUGCUCACUACCGGAAUGUUGUGCCACAUUUAUGAAAUGUACUGCAGUAUAGCACUUGGGGAUUUAUACUUUACAAUAAACCACCUUGUCCUACUAGGGUUGGCCUAGAUGUGCUGCUGGCACGAUUAUCUAGCAUCGAGAAAAUGUACACGGUUUUUUUCUUUGAGUGUUUUUAAGGUAACAAGUUUUCAGGUUUAUUUAUUUUUACAUAUUGUAGUGGAAAGUCUGGGAAAUUUAGUUAAAAGGAUUUUGUACCAGGGAUAUAUUUUAAAUUGCAAAUGGAUGUGAAAUGUCUGGUUGGCAACAUGGACCACUAUUCUAGACAAGUGUGUGCAAACACUUCCAUGCCAAAUGUCUUUUAUCAAUAAAGAACACUUAACAGUAUUUAUAAUGCAGAAAAUGUCUAAAUGUCAUUCUGGGACAAUACAGACCAGCUACAUGUAUUUGCAGUUUGAUUCAUGUUUACACAAUGUAACAUAGGAAGAGCUUUUAUUGUACUUAAAUACUGAACUAUAUUUAUAUGUGUACAAUGAUGGUUCAGGAGUCAGUUGUUGUCGUGCCUUGUGUGUUUUUGUGUUACUUGUAAAUAAAGUCUGAUUUAUUUAGUA